AUGGAGGCAGAUACGACAUAUUGGAAUCAGAACUUCUGGAACGUAAUCAAGCAGAGUCGACUAUUAGACACACAGUGUGAAUUAGGGAAAAAAAUACACGGCCGGAUCAAGAACGUGAUAGCGAAAGUAAAUCCACCAGCCACAGCGCCGAAAGUGAACAAGGCUCGUCCUAAUACAGAGGGAGGCGCGAAAUCAGCAACACCGCAACCUAAAGACUCUGGUGCAUCAAAAGCGCAAGGGGGGCAAACGGCUACGACACCCGCCCCUGAUCCAACACGGCCUACAGUGGCGCCCGCGCCAGCCAAAUCAGCACCAGCCAAGUCGGUCAAGCCAGCACCAGUAGCGGAGAAAGCGGUGGUAACGGGACCGGGAACGAAGCCGGGGACGACGACGGCAUCAGCUGGUGGUGGUGGUGGUGGUGGUAGUGGUGCUGCCGGAGCAGGCACCGCGAAGGGGAAGACCGUGAAGGCUGGAACAGGGCACGAUUGUGAUGCAGACAGAGCACGGCCGCGGCGGAGUAACGCCGUGUAUGUGGUCACCCCACGUGAUGAUAAUGAAUGGAACAAGUGGAAGACAGUGUUGGAAAAUUUUAAGAAAUAUAUGGAUGAACACACAGACCUAGCGGCUGAGUAUGGCGCAAACUGUGAUAAUAGUGGUUGGGAUGAUGUAAAGGACCAGCGGCAUUAUUACAAGGGACAAACAGUAGCAGAUGUCGUACGGUGCAGAGUUAUGAGUGUUGCAUGGGCCUUCGCAAACAGGUGGGAUAUGCCUGGGACUAAGACGAACACGGACGACACGCAGCAAAUGGACCCAGAAGAAGAGAAUAUGUUAAGGUGCGAAGUAGCAAAUACAUUUGGACACUUACUGCAGACCAAAUAUUGUCCGGGACAGAAUCAGUGGAUAAGAGGUGUAGAGUAUUCACGCAUAGCAUUCACGAAAAUGAACAGCUCCGGGCAAGAUGGAGUGGGAGAAAUCAAAGGUCCCGUUAUAGACGGCACGUGUACUGCAUGUGGGUACAAGGGCCAUGAGAGGCUAUCGAAAGCCAUAAAUUGGAACGUAGUAGAGUGGCUCAUGCAGGAAGGACAAAUAACGGCAGAAAUAACAGCAAUGGAACAGGCAUGGCCGUGUGAGCAGUCUUGGCACCAGUAUAUUAAUGAGCUGGACCCCGCGCACAACCCUAUUACGCACGGGCCACGAGACUGGAACAGUAUCCACGACCGUUUGAGCGACGCAGGGAAGAAGAAGCUAGAGACAGCAGAGAAGGACAUGGAGGGAGAAGUCAAAAAGAUAAUUGAGACAGUCCAGCAAGCCAGAGACGGCAUACUGCAGAAAGCAAGGCAAGCGUUUCAGGAAGUGCACAAGAACGCGCACAAGGACGCCACCGAAACGACACCUAAGGCCACUGACAAAACGGCACAAGGGACGAGUAACGAGAAGAACGACGAGAAGAGUAAAGAGGAGAAAGUAGAGAACACAGGAGAGAACAAGGAUGACCAGCAGGAUAAGGGAGACAAAUCGCUGCCCGCCGCAGCGCCGGGAGCAGCCGUAACGCGGUCAGAUCCAGAUCCGGAGGACGUUGUGCAACCACAAGCACCGGCAUCUCCAGUAUUACCAGCCAGACCACCACCACCACCACCAGCAUCCAUCUGCCCCCAGGGAGAACCAGGAUCAAGAGCAGCAUCUUCCGGUACAGGAAGUACAAGUAGUGGAACAGGUGUAGGCACAGGGGCACCAUCAGCGGAUACUGAACAAACAGUCGUAAAUGCAGGCGCAGGUGUCCAGGGAGCUUCAUCGAUUACCACUAUCACUUUUGGAACGAGUUCCCGAACUCAUGAUGACUGUGACAAGAAGUCCAAAGACUCGGGACCAGGCACUGAAGGAGUAGACAGAACGACGUCAAGGAGUCCAGGCGCGCCAGCAGGUGGAAACACUGGUGAUCAGAAGGAUCCGCUUAAGCCGGAGGAAACGGCGAAAGAGAAAAGUACUAUUGCAGCUGCACGAGAUACGAGUCAGCACACACCAAAGGACCCCCAGAAACCUCACGAUCAUGUGGACAACCCCCCUACGACCAAUACCCUGGAUGGCAGUAGUAAAGAUCAGAGCGAUAAGUCCAACACCAGACCAAAGGAACAGCCCACUAUUAAGGACCCUGUUUUUGACGCUGAAUUCUGGGAUUUUGUUACCGGUGUUUCUCCUAAGAAUGAUAAAACGAAGAAUAAGGAUGAAUUUGGUCCACUGGACGCUAAUAUACCUGGUCUCACUGGCACAGCAUGCAGUGGGAAUGAGAAACUCUGCUCCCUUAAUACUGCGUACCGCGGCACAGGUGCAUCCGGUCCUGCCUCCCCUCCUAGUACUACUAACCAUGAAGGUACCGGUUCUAAUAAAACAAAUGGAGGUAAUGAUUUUGGAUUAGGAACAGAUCCUCCAAAACCAGAAGGCGAAUUAGGAGGAAACUAUGGACCACGCCCUGCACAGGUUCCUCAUCCUAUAGGCCCAAAUAAGGGUCCGUCCAAUGAUGGUGGUCCAACCCCGCCCGACCUAACCGACACGGUCCUUACCGCCACUACUCCCAUCCUGUUUUUCGUCACUUUCGUCACCGUGGCCCUCCUUGGUUAUUCCCUUUGGAAGGUAAGCACAGCCACAAGGCACUCACACAACAACGCACAACACACAAGCACGCACAAAUAUAACCGAGUGCAAAAUGGACGAACGACUGUUUCCGGCCAUAUUCCACACCCUGCGUCCCCUUGGCCUCAUGUUCCCACCACAAAUAAGCGGGAAACUUAA